AUGCGACGCGCCCCGAAUGUAAUUGUCACCGGCACCCCCGGAGUGGGCAAGACCGUGCACUGCGAGCAGCUGGCGCAGGAUCUCGGGCUCAAGCACCUGUCCGUGAACCAGGUCGCCAAGGACCGCGAUUGUUACGAAGAAUACGACGAAGAGCGCAAGAGCUGGGUCGUUGAUGACGAUAAACUGCUAGAUGCCAUCGAGGACGAGGUGCUACAGGGUGGGUAUCUCAUUGAUUGGCACGCCUGCGACAUGUUCCCCAAGUCCUGGAUCGAUCUUGUCGUUGUUCUCCGCUGUCCGCAGACAUCAGUCCUCUACGACCGUCUUUCUUCGAGGGGCUACCACGAAGAGAAAUUACAAGAGAAUCUCGACGCCGAGAUCUUCGGUGUCCUACUCGAAGAAGCACGCGAAUCGUACGACGAGGAAAUUGUCGUGGAGCUGAACAGCGAACAGGACUCCGACGUCGAGGCCAAUUGCGCGAGGAUCUCACAAUGGGUACAAAACUGGAAGGACCAGCACGCGGAAUGA